AUGUUCGGUGGAUUUUCGAGCAAGAAUGGCCCAGCAUCCUUCUCCUUCCCCUCGCCAUCUUUACUUCCAGUCACAAUGAAAGACUGGAAAAUUGCGUUGGUGGAGGUGAAGCGCCUGUACUUGCUGAAGCAGUACAAGCAGUGUGCAGCUCACUGCAUGAAACUUCUGGCCAAUGCAAAGGAACCACUUGAGCCUGUACACAGAACCUUUUUGACAUUCUACGCUGCAAUCUGCUACGAACUUCUGGGCCGGGCUGCCCAUAUCUACUCAGCGAAAAAGGUGACUCUGCUGCGCCUGGCGUUGGAAAACUUUGUCAAUUGCGCUGCUGCUCUCCCUCCCCUUGUCAAUCUACCUCGACUACCAAAGGGUAAGAAUGAUUACUCAUGCCCACCUACCCCAGUCAGCGUAGAGGAAUAUCUGGCUACUUUUGAGCCUAUCCAGGGAGUGCCUUGCGAACGUGACUCGAUGAUGUCGAGUAUCACCCGCAUGAUCGAUGCGUCUAUUUCAGGGCUGGAUGAUCCUUUCCUGGACACAUUCGAUGAGUCUGAUGGUGGCUCCGUGUCCCCCUUUUCAUCCCCAUCACGCGGUCCCAGACCGUCCGAGACGAUGUUCAAUACUGAAGUCCUUAAGCCCCGUCCUCUCUUGAUUCGUAAGGCUUCUGUUGAGAAGGUCCCUGGUGAGAAGCACCCCGAAAAGCAUACCAGACUUUCAAUUCAUUGUGACGAGAGCAGUGGCCAGAGCAAGCGCAGCAGCAAGCGCAACAGCAGAUUCCGCCCCCCACGACUGCCACUCAAGGUCAUUCCAUUUCCCCAGCUCAAUGCUCGCAUGUCCGGUCUUCCUUCGCCCAAGUCUGAGUCGUCCAGUCCAAGCACAGCUACAACCGCUAUUUUCUCCCCCAUUACUCCGAGCGUCCAUGCGCCUUACCCCACGCCGCCAUCAACACAGCCUCGGGCAAAGGUAACCACAAUCCCCAUCGACACCCUGACGCCCGCCCGCGCAGCGCAGAUCGUCCGCUCGAACCGUGGAAUCGCAUUCCUCCGCGAACAAGUCGCCAACAGCAUCUUCGAAAUCCGACAGCAAAUCCGAAAGGUCAAACAGAUUCAGGAUCUCCGCCGCAAACGUGAUUUCAAACAUGCCUCUUUCUGGAGCUUUGAUCCUGUCGUUCCCGAGACCGAAGACAACGAGACAUACCAUGAGCCCGGGCCGAUUGUGGAUGAGUUUGGAAAUAUGCGUGUUAAGGAAUCGAUGAAUGAGCGCAUCAUGCGUCUCCGGGCUGAGGGAUGGGAUACGGUCGGAUUGCGGUCGCCACGGAGCACAUGGAAGGGGUCGCGAUACUAUCAGGAACUUUGCGCCAUGGUUCUGACGGAACAGCACCUGGACUCGUGCGAAAUGGAGAUUGAUUGA